GUUUUGGUUGGCCAUCUUUAUUUUUUACCCACAUGGACUUUGUAAACAUCUUCAUGUGUUUUGUAGCAGCAAAGCUAACUCCGAUAGCACCUUAGCCAGCACUCACUACUCAUCUGCGGGUCUCCCGGUGGUCGACAAUGUCUCUGAGGCUGCUGUCAUCGGAUCCAUCGGACCGGGGCUCCCAGAGAUGCAGGCUGGGUCCCGGCAUGAUGUCCGCGCUGGGUCUUGAGCCGGGCUCCCCGCUGCUGGUGUCCGCCCGGGGGAGCUGCCUGUGCACCGCCUGGCCGCGGGCCGACCUGGCGGAGGGUUUUGUGCAGAUGGAUCUGAAGUGCUGCUCCCCCGGCCUGCUCUCCCAUCCGCCCGCCCACCUCCACCUGGAGCCGGACCGGCUCGCACGCGCGCCCUGUCCCAAACUGAAAGGCGCGAAGGUAACCGUGGUGGUCCAGAGUGUCGAGUUCAAGAAACUCACACCUCCUCGCCUCGUGCACGAGCUCGUGAAGGACAUGCUGAAAGGCGUGCGUGUCCGCGAGAAGCACGUGGUAAACCUGGAGGAUUUCGACACGGAGAUUCGGCGUGUUGUCAUUGAAAGCAUCGAUCCGGAUUCCACCAGAUCUGGAUUAAUCACCUCGAAAACCGCUGUUGAGGUCGUCGGUAUCCAAACGCUGCGACAUCACAGGAGCCAGCUGCAGGACCAGAAAAUAGUCCCUCUGGGGGGACUGGAGGAGGUGUGCGCCUCCCUGAGAGAGAUGCUGCAGCUGCCGCUGCUCUAUCCAGACACCCUGAGCUCUCUCGGGGUGUCGUGUCCCAGAGGUGUGCUCCUAGUGGGGCCUCCAGGUGUGGGCAAGACCCUGCUGGUCCGCACCGUGGUGCGGGAGGUGGGGGCCAGUCUGGUCGUGGUCAGAGGGCCAGAGGUGGUGGGUUCGCGGCCGGGGGAGAGCGAGGAGAAGCUGCGAGCCGUGUUCGAGCGCGCUCGCUCCGCGGCCGAAGAGGGCCCCUGCGUGCUGUUCCUGGACGAGCUGGACUCGCUGUGCCCGAGGAGACGCGGCUCCUCGGCGCCGGAGAACCGCCUGGUCGCUCAGCUCCUCACGCUGAUGGACGGGAUGAGAGGGUCCGACCGCUUCCUCGUCGUCGGAGCCACCAACCGGCCGGACAGCUUGGACGCGGCGCUGCGCAGGCCCGGGAGAUUCGACAGGGAGGUUGUCAUCGGAGCCCCCACCGCGCAGCAGAGGGAAGCCAUCCUGUCGGCUCUGUGUGCGAGGAUGCCCGUGUGUCCCGGGGUGGACGUGGCAGAGCUGGCUCAGAGGACCACGGGCUACGUCGGGGCGGACCUCAGCGCCCUGUGCAGAGAGGCCGCCAUGCACGCUAUACGAGGCAGCUCGAAGGGUUCAGGAGAGCAGGCGAUUGGUACCAAGCACUUCCACGAGGCCCUGAAGGCGGUGCGUCCCUCCUGCCUGCGGAGCAGCCUGGGCAGGACGGAGCUCUCUCCGACCUCGUGGGCGCAGAUCGGCGGCCUGGACGAGGUCAAACUGAAACUCCGGCAGAGUAUCGAGUGGCCGAUGAUGUACCCCGAGGCCUUUGCGCGCCUGGGCCUGUGUCGGCCCCGCGGCGUGCUGCUCUACGGGCCCCCGGGGUGCGCCAAGACGACGCUCGUCAGGGCCGCGGCCGGCUCGUCUCACUGCGCCUUCCUGUCCGUGGGCGGCGCCGACCUCUACUCCCCGUACGUCGGGGACUCCGAGAAGGCUUUGGCUCAGCUGUUUCGCCAGGCCCGGGCCUGUGCCCCCUGCAUCCUGUUCCUCGACGAGAUCGACUCCCUGAUCGGCUCGCGGCCCGACAGCCAGGCGCCAGGCGGCGUGCAGACGCGCCUCCUGUCGGUGCUGCUGAAUGAGAUGGACGGAGUCGGCCUGAAGACGCUGGAGAGGAGGGGGGCCGAUAAGAUCCUCCAGGCGGAGGGAGCGGAGCCGAAUCGCGCCCAGGAAAAGUUGGACAGCCAGGAGGUGUGCAACAAAGAUGUGAUGGUCGUAGCUGCCACAAACCGACCUGACUGCUUGGACAGCGCCCUCCUCAGACCUGGCAGGCUGGACCACAUCAUCUAUGUCCCGCCCCCUGACCAGCAGGUCCGUCUUUGCAUCCUGAAGAUGUGUACAAAGUCGAUGCCCGUGGACACCGACGUGUGUCUGGAGGAGCUGGCCGCAAAGACAGAGUUCUACUCUGGGGCCGACCUGGAAAAUCUCUGCAAGGAGGCUGCUCUGUUGGCGCUACAAGAGGAAAACAUGGAGGCCUCGGCCAUCAAGCACGCAUACUUCCUUCGGUCCCUCCACAACAUGAGCCCCUCUCUCACUGCCCAGCAGAUCCAAUCCUAUCAUAAAGGUCCCAGAUGACCCCCCCCCCCUUCCCC